AUGAACCUAGCUCCUUCCUACCCCCUCUCACUGCUCCUGCUGCUGGCUGCCCCCCUACCAGGCGUGUCCGGGACCAGAAUCAUCGGGGGUGCAGAGGUGCCCCCCCUCUCCAUCAAGUACCAGGCCUCCAUCCUGUUCAUGAACUACCACUUCUGUGGAGGCACCCUCAUCCACAGGCAGUGGGUGGUGUCUGCCGCCCACUGCUGGAGACCGAGUCACCUGAUCCAGGUGGUCCUGGGUGAGCAUGACAUCAGCAAGGAGGAGGGCACUGAGCAGAGGUUCAACGUGGUCUUGGUCCUCCAGCACUACCAGUACCAACACUGGACGUUUGACAAUGACAUCAUGCUGCUGAAGUUGGACCGCCCGGCUGACAUCAACGCCUCGGUGGAGCCGGCCUCUCUGCCGGACCCGGACUCCCCGCCCCUGGCGGACUUUGCCCCGUGCACGGUCAGCGGCUGGGGGGUCACCUGGCUGUACAGCUACCAGCUGUCCCCCGUCCUGAAGUCCGUGGAGGUGGACCUGUUCAACGACUGCUGGUACUACUACUACUUCAGGGUCACGGACAACAUGCUGUGUGCCGGAUCGCUCUCUGGGGGGAAGGACUCCUGUCAGGGGGACUCGGGGGGGCCUCUCAUGUGCAACGGCAGGUUUGUGGGCAUCGUGUCGUGGGGCAUCGGCUGUGCCUACGCUUACUACCCCGGGGUCUACACCAAGGUCAGGAACUACCUCGGGUGGAUCCACUGGGUGACCCAGAACCGCUGA